AUGGGACAGGGAGACGUACCGAUGUGGUUUGGCGGGGACUUCAACCGCCACGACCUCCUCUGGGGCGGAGAUGAAGUGUCAGCGAGCAGACAAGGGGAGGGCCAGCCCAUCAUUGACCUGAUGGACGACUUUGGUCUUAGCAGCCUUCUCCCGAGAGGAACGAAAACGUGGCAAAGGUCGGACGAGGAGAGCACCAUCGACUUGGUGCUGGCAUCGGCGGAACUGGCGGACGAGUUGACAUCCUGCGUGAUUCAUCCAACAGAGCACGGAUCAGACCAUAGAGCGAUCCAGACGACCUUCGACAUUCGAGUGCCGGAGCGUACCUUUCCGCAGCGCCUGAUGCUCAAGAACGCGCCGUGGAUCGCCAUCGCAACCAGGGUCGAGGACGAGCUUCGGCCUCUUCCGUGGACUGUGGGGGUGCAGACGCAGGCGGAUCAGCUCAUGCGGGUGGUCACCAAGGCGCUUCGAGAUCUGACUCCUCGAGCCCAGCCGCCGCCAUACGCGAAGCGAUGGUGGACAAAGGACCUGACGCGACUCCGUCGGACGUACACGUAUUGGCGCAAUCAAGCAAGGGCGCAGCGAAGAGCCGGUCAAUCGCGUCCGGAUCUGGAGCAGCGCGCCAAGGAGGCUGCGAAGGAGAGCAACAUCUGGAGGGCUGCCAAGUAUCUGAAGCCUGGUACGGAGAUGACGGAUGACAAGGUGCCCCCGCUGAAGAGAGCCGACGGUUCGAUCACCGAAAGCAAGGGCGAGCAAGCCGAGGAACUCCUGAGCACCUUCUUUCCGCCUCUGCCAACGAGGAUCGAGCCGGAGGGUGAACGUCCGCAGAGAGAAGAAAUAGCCAUGCCAGACCUCACCUUGCAAGAGAUUGAGGAGAAGGUGAUGGCGGCGAAGCCCUGGAAAGCGCCUGGUGAGGAUGGCCUUCCUGCGAUCGUGUGGAAGAAGCUCUGGCACGUGGUCAAGCACCGGAUCAUCCCUCUGAGGAAACCAGAUAAAGGAGACUACACCCUGGCCAAGGCGUGGCGACCGAUUUCUCUCCUGUCGACGCUUGGCAAGAUUCUGGAGGCAGUCGUCGCGGAACGUAUCAGCUAUGCAGUCGAGGCUCAAGGGCUUUUGCCCGCGAACCACUUUGGUGCACGGAAGCGCAGGUCCGCAGAUCAAGCACUCGUGCUUCUGCAGGAGCGAAUCUACAAGGCCUGGAGAACGGGCAGAGUGCUCAGCCUCAUCAGCUUUGACGUCAAAGGCGCAUACAACGGAGUGUGCAAAGAGCGAAUGCUCGAAAGGAUGAAAGCCCGAGGCAUCCCGAACCUGGUGCAAAGACGGAUCAGUAAUAACGGUGGCUCCAUCGCCUUCGUGGACGAUUACUCUGCCUGGGUCACGGGGCCAACGGCAGAGUCAAACAGAGAUGAGAAGACAUCCUUCAUCCACUUCACACGCAUCGCGGAGCGUGACAGCGACCUGCCUCUCAUCAUCAAAGGAAACGAUGUCAAGCCGAAGAGCAACGUGAAGCUGUUGGGAGUCAUCAUGGACAAAGCGCUUCGCUUCAAGGAACACAUCGCCAGAGCGGCCGCCAAGGGGCUGGCCGCGGCCAUGUGCUUGAAACGACUGAAGAUGGCUUCGCCACGGAUGGCGAGGCAACUGUUCGUCGCGACCGUGGCGCCAGCCAUGGACUAUGCCUCAAACGCUGUCACGGGAGGCUUCCGCACGGUGGCAACGGCAGUGGCCGAGGCCGAGGCCGGCGUGCAAUCGUUCCGAGAACGGCAUGCUCAAGCGGCAGCGAAAUUCUGGAUAAGGAUGCGGACGCUCCCGAAGACGCAUCCUCUGACAUCGUUGAGGCUCAAACUGAACAGGAGGUAUGCGUCGCCAAUGCAGAAGCUCGCCUCGGCGAUGGGAAGAAUAGAUACCAAGCGCCUGGAAGUCAUCCACGAGUUCGCACUGGCGCCGUGGGACGAACGAGUGCAGGCAACGGAUGAGACAGACCGAGUGGAGGUGCUGAAGUCGGAUGACCCGGAGGACAUCACUAUUGCGACGUCCAGCUCGCAAAGGAAAGGCAAGGUCGGGUUGGGAGGCGUCGUUCGGGAUGCUUCCCGCGACAGCGUAGACGAAGUGCUGGCCAGCUACUCCGUCACCUCGGCUCCAGUGAUGAGCAGAAUGCCUACACAGCAGGACUCGAGGCAAUCGCCACGGCUCUGA